CGAGGCGUGCCAUGGCAGCCGUGUUGUUAUUGGGCAGCACAUCUCUCACAGCACGAAACUCUCGGAGCAUCUCUACGCCGUCCACCGGCCUGCGGCGGCUACAUCUCGGCGUCCACUGCGCGUCUGACUCGGGACAUCUUCUUCCAGGAACAGACCGCUGAGACUCGCAGAGACAGGCGGGCUCAGGACAGAAGCUGGGACUCUGAAGCAGGAAGUGGGUGAAAGUGUCUCGACGAGGUUCAGCGGGGGCAAGCAGACCGGCUCUUCACCAACCAUGUCUACCGAACGUACCCCUCUGAUCACCUCAGGGGUAUGUGGUCUCACUGUGACCUCAGGAGCAUGCGGCGCAGAGUCGGACACCACCCCUGAGUCCAGCUCUGGGACACCGAGUAAAGACCCCCGCAAACUGAACACUUUUUUUGGGGUGAUGGUACCGACCAUCCUCUCCAUGUUCAGCAUCGUGCUCUUCCUGAGAAGCGGGUUCGUGGUCGGUCAUGCCGGGCUGUUACAGGGUCUUUUAAUGCUGAUUGUUGCCUACACCAUCAUAUCGCUUACAAUACUCUCCAUCUGUGCCAUUUCCACCAACGGUGCUAUACAAGGUGGUGGAGCUUACUACAUGAUAAGUCGGUCUCUGGGCCCGGAGUUUGGAGGAAGCAUUGGUUUGAUGUUCUUCCUGGCCAAAGUGUGUGCAUGUGGAGAGUACGUCCUUGGUCUUGUGGAGGCAAUACUUGACAUAUUUGGUUCAGAUCCUGAGUCCUCUGUGUCCGGGGGGGUGCAUGUGCUUCCUCAGGGUUACUGGUACACAGUGCUCUACUCCUCAGUCGUCCUGCUCCUGUGUCUGCUUGUGUGUCUGGUGGGCGCCCACAUCUACUCCCGCACCGCCUUCGUCAUCCUGCUGGUGGUCACCGUAUCCUUGCUGUCCAUCUUCAUCAGUUCUGUGGCGGUCAAGCCUCGAGAUUUUGUCAUCACCCACCAGAGAUCUGGCAACCAGACCGUCCACUACAAUGCCAGCUACACCGGCUACAAUGCCACCACUCUGAGGAAUAACCUGGGCUCUGGUUACACUUUGGACUACAGCACCAACUCUGUCAUGUCGUUCGCCACCGUGUUCGCCGUCAUGUUCACCAGCUGCACAGGGAUCAUGGCUGGAGCCAACAUGUCAGGGGAGCUGAAGACUCCGAGUAUUUCCAUCCCUAAAGGCACCAUUGUAGCCGUCUUCUACACCUUCACAGUCUACGCCCUCCUCUUCAUCUUGGUCAGCGCCACCUGUGACAGGACUCUGUUGAUUCAGGAUUAUGGGUUCCUCCAGAAAAUAAACAUCUGGCCCCCGUUUGUCACCAUCGGGAUAUACUGCGCCUCUCUGUCGGCUGCUAUGUGCGCUAUGAUCGGAGCGUCCCGUAUCCUCCACGCUCUUGCUCUGGAUGACCUCUUUGGUUUGCCGCUAGCCCCGGCUGCCAUCACGUCGAGCUCGGGGAAUCCGUGGGUGGCAGUGCUGUACACCUGGGGUCUGGCACAGUGCGUUGUGUUUGCAGGCCAGCUCAAUGCUGUAGCAAGCUUGGUGACUGUUUUCUACUUGCUUGCCUACGCUGCGGUUGACCUGGCCUGUUUGGCUCUUGAGUGGGCGUCGGCUCCAAAUUUCAGGCCGACCUUCCAGCUCUUCUCCUGGCACACCUGCCUGCUGGGCAUCCUGAGCUGUUUAGUGAUGAUGUUCGUCAUCAACCCUGUGUACUCCUCAGGCAGCAUCGUGCUCCUGUUGCUGCUGCUGCUUUUCCUCCACUACAGAUCGCCCACCAGCAGCUGGGGCUACAUCAGCCAGGCUCUCAUUUUUCAUCAGGUGCGCAAGUAUCUGUUAAUGCUGGAUAUGAGGAAAGACCAUGUGAAGUUCUGGAGGCCGCAGGUGUUGUUAAUGGUGGCCAACCCUCGCUCCUCCUGCCAGCUCAUCCUGUUCGUCAACCAGCUGAAGAAGGGAGGGCUGUUUGUGUUGGGCCACGUGCAGCUGGGAGAUCUGGACACCCUGCCGUCAGACCCAGUCCAGCAGCAGUACAACUUCUGGUUGAGCCUGGUUGAUAAACUCGGGGUGAAGGCCUUUGUCGACCUGACGCUGUCUCCCUCUGUCAGACAGGGCACACAGCAUCUGCUGCGCAUCACAGGCCUCGGUGGCAUGAAGCCCAACACGCUGGUUUUGGGUUUCUAUGACAGCUGCACUCCUGAGGACUUCUUCCUGCAAGAUACUGCAUUCUGUGACACUUCAAUGGGACGAGGGACCGAGGGCGAAUAUAAUUUUGGGGUGGACUUGCCUUCACUACAGGCCCAUUUCCCCCCGGUCCGACACGUCGAGAGCCCACGCUGGUUAACCCCGGAGGAGUACGUAGGGAUCAUUUCUGACGCCAUUAAAAUGAGCAAGAAUGUGUGCCUCGCCCGAUAUUUCUUCCAGUUAGAGGGGGAGGGUAAAGAUAGCAAGGUCGACGGGUCGGAGCGGACUAUAGAUGUGUGGCCUCUCAACCUGCUCCAGCCAGGCAGCCGUGAUUAUGAGGACGUGUGCAGCCUCUUCCUGCUGCAGAUGGCCUGUGUGCUCAACAUGUCCAACAAGUGGCGCCAAGCGAGAAUGAGAAUCUUCCUGAACGUGGAGACUGAGUCCAGCGACCAGGGCUGGGUGGUAAACGAAGAGACGUUCCGAGAGUUGCUGAGGAAGCUGAGGAUCAGGGCGUCGAUAAAGAUCGUGCCGUGGGACUCCGUGGUGCAGCACCACGUUCACCCGGACGGGGAGCCGACGCGGGCUCUGUCCGAGGACUUCCUCUCCGCAGUGAACUGUAUGUUGAUGGAGCACAGCUCGCAGGCUGCUGUUCGCUUCCUGUAUUUACCUCGACCUCCUGCCCAUCACAGCCAGUCGCAGCAGUACUUGGCUCAGGUGGAAGCAGUGACCAAUAGUUUAGGGCCGACGCUCCUGAUCCACGGUGUCACUCCUGUCACAUACACUGAUCUGUGAGCAUGUGCACUCGUGACUUUUGUUCAUAUUAUGCCCUUUGAUAUUCUACAUGCAGCAACGCAAGUAUAAACUCUGGUUACAUGUAAAAUUAACACAUAAUGUAAUAAAAAGUGGAAAUAAAAGUCAUGCCUAAGGUAUAGUAUGUAGCACCAGCUACUGUACUCUCACCUAACGCAGCUUUUUAGCCGUUUUACUGAAGCCUAGAAAAGGACCACAGUCGAGUGCAUUUUUGAAAUAAGCCACUGUGGGUUUUUGGAUUCAGAUAGGAUACUUUCCUAUUUUCAUAUACUUGAACUGGCUCGAGCCAAGAAAUAGGAGAAUACUAAUGUUUGCAGGUGUGAUUUAUGUUUGUGUAACCUGUUGUUUGCAUUAGCUUUACGUCUGUCUUUUAACAUGAGAAAUAAAAAUGUGUCAAAGGCUCCUCAGAACAAAGCAAUUUGUUUUGAGUAAUACGGGUUGUCUAGGACAUCGAAUAUGGAAAUGUCCAUAUGUAAUUUCAGGGAUAAAAUGAUGGAUUUGUGGUAUUUUCUAAUAACAGUUGACUGCAGUAAGAACUUCAUUUCCUUUUUCAGUUUCUUAACGGUGUUCGCUUAAAGCAUAAUCAUAGUCUUUUUUUUUAACUCUGUAUUUUCACUGCUCGCUUUUUGCUACAUUCUCACAUCUCUGCUGCUUGCUGGACCAAGUGAUGUAAAGACUUUGUUUCUGAGCUCAAGUCAUGAUUUUUGUUUCCAAUUCACGUCUGCAAACAUUUUCUUUUGCUGUUCGCUGUGUAUCGCUAGUCCUCACAAAGGGAACCGUUUUGUAUGUUUGACCUUUGAAUGACGAGCAGCAUUGCAGCUGUUGUGUGUGCUAACUGAAAAGACGCGUAUUUGAUUUUUGUCCUUCAUGAUGCAGACUCAAACAUACGGCAGAAAGGGUUACACUGAUGGUUACUGUGGAAGUCCAUCCUCAUCCAGCCUCAGUCAGGACCAAGUCCGAUGGUGAUUCAGCCGAGAUUGAAAUCAGAGCGAGUUUUCACAUUUUUACGACAGUUGAUGUACCACAUGUACACACAUGUACCACAGCUGCAUUCCUGUCAUUCCAACUUUACAGUGUUGCAACACUCACAUGUAGCUUUGAACAAAACACAGAUUGGUAGUUACUGAAAAAGCCAUUUGCACGGCUUGGCUUUGCACUUUCGGCAUGUUCCGUGUAGAGUUGGGGUCAUUUGUAUGUAUGUGUGUACGAUCAAUGAGAAAGCCUUAAAGGACUGACACUUGUGUGCCAAUGGUCUGUAGAUGUACAUAUUACACUGCUAUUUGUCACAGGAGUAAAAUAUAUGCCAAAUGUACUGUGUAUUGUCACCUUUGUAACUGUAAUACUGUAAAAUCUGAACAGAAAACAAAGAUUUAAAAGAUUGCUUUAAUGCAAUACAAACGAAGAUCGUGUCUGUGUGUUUGUCAAGUGUAAUAAUGUAAAUAUCAAUGGAAACAACAGAGAUAGAGACUGUUUAACAUUUUUGCUCCAAAGAUAAAUAAAAUAAUUGAGAAUA